AUGGAAAAUAAAAAUACUCCAUCAAAUAAAAAAAUAAUAUCUAAUCAACAAGAAAAAUCAAUACGUCAAGUCGAUUACGAUUCUAUUGGGGAAUCUUCAGCACGUUCACCUAAAAAGUUAUAUCUAGAAAUAUUUCAAAAAGGGUCCUCUUGUAAGCAUCCAUCCCAAAAAUUACUUGUGUCUAUAGAACCAAAGACUCCAGCGAUCAAAACUAUCUUUUUAGCCGAAAAGAAUAAAUUUCAAUCAAAGAAGCACUCUACUAAAGCAGGUUCACGGCUUGCUCUAGGUGAUCACUUAUCAGUUACAAAACAUUAUAGCGACAAUGAUUCCAAUACGUUGAAUUCAGCUGAAUCUAUAAAUUAUUUAUACAGAAGUCGCACAAGAAGCGAAAUUAUACCUAAUAAGGCUUCAACGACUACGGCAAGAGGGGAGGGGAGUACCACAGGAAUUUCAAAAUGUAUUAACACUGACUCUUCAUCUAUUUGUCCGUCUUACUAUAAGAACAAUUCUAAGCAACGUUUUGCCGAAAAAUGCUAUGUUUAUACCCAACCACAAUUUACCAUGACUAUCCCCAAAGUAUCAAAUACAUUUCAAAGUAAUAAUAAAAGAGCAAAUAAAACUGAUAUUGGUACCUUCGUAAUAACAAAUUCUUCUUCUCAAGAUAUAUUAACUUCAACUGAAAAUAUAAAUAAUUUAAAUAAAAGACUAGAACAACUGGAAAAGAAAGUUCUAAAACAACAAAUGCUAUUCCGUUCUAUAGAUCUUAAUAUUUCAUUGUCUUCGUCAGAUGAAGAUUCCAAAGAUCGCACCAUGAAAAAGACAUCAAGUCAAGGGCGACCUGGAUGUAGCUAUGUAGAAUAUAGUCAAAUACCUGAAACAUCAGCAUUCCAAAGAUAUACGCAGCAACCUGCUCCGUUAUCAGCUAGUAAAGCUACAACUAUUCAAAAAGAACAUAAUUCGGAGCAAUAUGGUCGCGAUUUUACUUUGUAUGAUGGCAUUACAGCAAGAGGUAGGCGCCAAUGUGCAUCCGUCCCUUGCAAAAGAGACGAUGGACCGAGAAUAGCUGCAGACAGAGUUCACAAAAUCAGACACAAACUGAAUCCAGUACGAGAUUAUAGACUUAUGGAUACAGUCCAUUAUUUAGCUCAAGGUGAAUUUGCUCCACGCGAUGAUGGAAUAAAAUUGACGCCUUCUCGAGAAGCAGUUUUAAGUGAUAUAAUAUGGGAAGAUGUUUGUCGUACUCAUUGGCCCAAUACUAGACUUGCACGUCGACUUGCUCACCCAGAAAGAUACGGACCGAAAUCAGAAUUGCAGCGUUUAAUAGACAGUUUACUCAAAGAACGAGUAGCUCAUGUCGAAAGGAGAAGACGACGGCACUACCGAAUAGUAAAAUUAAACCAUCGUCACGAAAACUGUAGACCCAUGGGUAAAACUGGAGACAUAAUAGUUGCUAGUCAUAAGAAUAAGCCAUGUCAUGAUGAUGAUAUAGUUCACGGCCAUACAUCUACAAAAACUUCAAUGCAAGAAGGACGACAUCAGAAAGUUUCAAGUCCUUGUAAAGCCCACAAAAGUCAUGACCGUGUUGUUCUACCAGAAACAAGGCAUAGACAGCAAUUUAGACAAGAAGACUGUUCACCAGGACCUAGUUAUUCUACACGUCAUUCCCGACCAAACAGAGAACCAACAUGUUGCUAUCAUACAUCAAGCCCCUCAAAUCAAAUAAGAAACUCGAAACGAGUAUCUAGUUCCACUCAAGAAAGUAUUAUGCAAGGUCUGACAAGUGAUAGCAGUAACACUAAUGGCAAAGUUCGCCAAAAGAAUCCUCGUUUGGUUGUUACAAAAAAUUCAUCACGAAAAAAAUAUAAAAAUGAAGAACCUAAUCUUGAACAUUUUAUUUUAUUACCAACUUUGGUAGUUAAAACUCCAUCGAACAUGAAACGCCAAAAAAAAUUCAAUGAACUGUAUCAUCGAAUACUUAAUGUACAGUUAAACAAAGCCAAUGCCGCAGUUAAUAAGGAAGAAGAAGAUUCAAAUUGAUAUCAAAAUAAAAAAAUAUAUGGUCUUAAUAUAAAUGAUGCAAUUUCAAACAGCGACGAAAGUAUUAUCAAAAAUGACUUCUAAAACUUUUUCAAAAUAUUAACCAAAUUGUUUGAAAGAUUUUUAUUUU